AUGAAACGCUUUCCUCUGUCCGAGGUGGUCGUUCUCGCCUGCCCCCCAAGCCAAGCAGCCACCGAGAGCGCCCGCUUUCCCCGUCAUCUCCCCGUCGUUCCAUCCCUUCGCCACCGCUCAUAAAUGGCUUGUGAAGCGUCUACCUUUGACGAUAUCGUCGCUCGUGGUUGUCGAGUCGUCGACCCAAGUGAUAUCGUGUCCGUCGAACCACUUCAGAACUUCCUCAUGAUGAGGGACAACAUUCAGGUUCGCUUGGCUUUCUUCGAUCGUAAGAUUGUCGUCGUCAAGAAAUAUCGCCGCCUUCCUGAUGAGGAUUCUGGAGAAUAUCCACUCCACUUCCUCUGGGACGUUGGUACUUGGUCCAGCCUCCACCACUUCAACAUCCUCCCCCUUCUCGGCAUCUCCCGUCUCGACGACGGGUUCUGGGUUGCCCUGAGUCCCUUCCAACCAAAAGGCAACCUCACUACCUACAUCCGAAAGAACCCCCCAGUCUCCAUGGAAACCAAAGUUCUCUGGAUGAAGGAGAUAGCCACUGGCCUGCGCUAUCUCCACGAAAAGCGAGUCGUCCAUGGUGACUUGAAACCCGACCAUAUCCUGGUCGACUCUCGCCUCCACCUCCACCUCUGUGACUUCGCCUCUUCGCUCAGCUUCCCCCCAAAUGUGAGCAGCGCCAAAGGAUUCCCGCUUCCAGCCGUGCAUGGUCGAUACGGCACUGCCUACUACAUGGCCCCCGAGCAAGUUCACGCCAAUCAUCCUGUCCAGCCCAACAGAAGCACAGACGUCUUUGCCUUUGCUGUCUGCGCCUGUGAAAUCCUCGCAGACAUGUGUAAUGUCUGGGGCGAAGAGUCCCCUGGUAAAGAUGUCUAUGAAGAGCGUCGCAAUUUUUUCGCUCAAGGUAGGACUGCUACCAUCCAUCGAGACGCCCCGCCCUCCCUCGGGGCCAUGUUGACCAAAUGCCUCCAACAUGAGCCCCAAAAGCGCCUCGCCAUCAAGGACAUCGUCAAGAUGCUCGAAAGUCUCCACAAGAGGCUCAAGGCAUCCGCUGCACAAAAAAAGCGGCUCGAAUGCAAGGCCAUGGCUACUCAGCGUGGUGUCUUCAAGCCCCUCACCCAAGCAGUCCAGAACGACGGUGAUGCUGAUUUGUUGGCAUUGUUCGAUGGUAUUUCAGCUGGUAGUAGCAGUGACGACGACACUUGAAUGCAGUUUUUGUUCAAUAUACCCCUCAGUCCAUGCAGUA